AGGUCCAGUACGCUUGUUCACGCUUUGUGUUUGACCUGUUAAAAACGCAGUGCUGAUCUCAAUGCUGUGAAAUGUUUGCCUUUAAUAUUAAGAGUUUUAUAUACAGCAAAUAUAAAACAUCAUCAUGACUGAAAUUGCAAUAUUCUGCAUACAUUAUAUUUCUGAUGUAAAAAUGAGUCAUGUUCAUCAUUUCCAUCUUUACAAUAAAACAAUACAUGUGAUUGGCAGGAGGUUUGGACCAAUGAAAAUAUGACAUGAGGAAAUGUGAUAAUUCUCACCCCGCCCCCUGCUGUCUUUCCCAGCGUUCUAUAUAAAAUAAGCUUGACGUAAAAGCAGUUCAGACAAUUAACAUUUACUAGUGUUUAUUCUCAAGUAUCAUAAAAUCUCAUGACAGUGUUGUCUUACAUUCAUUACUGAGAAUAAAAGUGUUUUCUGACUGAUAAUUGUAACAUUUCAACCCAAAAACACUGAAGACUUUUCAGUCAUGUUUGGGACACACACUGAUGUGAAUAUUUAUCCACAUUGAAUUGCUUGGUAUAAAUUGUUCUUUCUUUACUUCUUCACAGGGAGACACUUCUCAUCCCAGAAAUCUCCACUGAGUCUCUCCAGUGAUUGAGUCAGAUCUGCCUUAAAAACCCACCUGUGUGGACACGGACCCCAUCCGACAGGUUUUGUUAAACCAGAAAAGCAGGAUGAGCCUCUCUGAGCAGUGUGAGGAAGGCAGUUCCACCUCCAAGAAGCACUCAGAUCUAAUCCACAUAAAGAGAUCAGACUCUCCAGCACCCAGCUGUGUGUCCAUGAAGAGUAAUGAGUCUAUAGGUCAGCCCCCAAAUUUCAAACAUGGAGACCCCUCAUCUGGAUACAGGGUCCUGCAGGGGACGAGAGACAGAACAGAAGAAGACAUCAUCACAGAUAAAGAACAUGGUCAUGCUUCUGAUGCAGUGAAAGUUCAAGAAAACUUCAAAUUAAAUCUGAAACAGAAGUUUCAGUGUUUGAAUGAGGUGAUAACAAACCAGAAAACCCCAACACUUCUCAGUGAGAUCUACACAGAGCUCUACAUCACAGAGGGAGACAGUGGAGAGGUCAAUAAUGAACAUGAGGUCAGACAUAUUGAGGCAGCAUCCAGGAGAACAGCAACAGAGGACACACCAAUCAAAUGCAAUGACAUCUUUAAACCCUUAUCUGACCAACACAAACCCAUCAGAACUGUGCUGACAAAGGGAGUCGCUGGCAUUGGAAAAACAGUCUCUGUGCAGAAGUUCAUUCUGGACUGGACUGAAGGGAAAGCAAAUCAGGAUGUCCACUUCAUAUUUCCACUUCCUUUCAGAGAACUGAAUUUGAUGAAGGACCAAAAACUCAGUUUGGUGGAUUUUCUUCAUAAACGGUUUAAGGAGAUUAAAGAAAUGGAAAUAUCCAGAUCUCACAAAGUUCUGUUCAUAUUUGAUGGUUUGGAUGAGUGUCGUUUAACUCUAGAUUUUCAGAGCACUGUGAGAUUGGAUGAUGUCACUCAGUCAUCCUCAGUGAAGGUGCUGCUAACCAAUCUGAUCAAGGGGAAUCUGCUUCCUUCUGCUCUUAUCUGGAUCACCUCCCGACCUGCAGCAGCUGAUCAGAUCCCCUCUGAGUGUGUGGACCGAGUGACAGAAGUACGAGGGUUCAGUGACCUACAGAAGGAGGAGUACUUCAGGAAGAGAAUCAGUGAUCAGAGACUGACCAAUAGAAUCAUCACACACCUGAAGACAUCAAGAAGCCUCUACAUCAUGUGCCACAUUCCUGUGUUCUGCUGGAUUUCAGCCACUGUUCUAGAGAGAAUGUUGGGUGAAACAGAGAGUGGAGAGACCCCCAAAACUCUGACUCAAAUGUACACACACUUCCUCAUCAUUCAGACAAAAAUCAUAAGAGAAAAGUACAAAAAGAAGCAGAAGACAGAUGAAGAAAUACUUCUGAAACUGGGACGACUGGCUUUUCAGCAGCUGAUGAAAGGAAACCUGAUCUUCUAUGAGGAAGAUCUGAGAGAGUGUGGCAUCGAUGUGAAAGAAGCAUCAGUGUACUCAGGUGUGUGUACACAGAUCUUCAGAGAGGAAUCUGGGCUGCACCAGAGUAAAGUGUACUGCUUUGUUCAUCUGAGCAUUCAGGAACAUCUUGCAGCUCUAUAUGUGCACCUGACCUUCAUGACCCAGAAGACAAAUGUACUUAAACAGAGUCAGUCCUCUAAACCGGGGAGCUUCAAGAGAAAAGAAAUCUCAGAUGUACACAAGAGUGCUGUGGAUCAGGCCUUACAGAAUAAGAAUGGACAUCUGGAUCUUUUCCUUCGCUUUCUUCUGGGUCUCUCAUUGGAGUCCAAUCAAACUCUCAUACAAGAGUUAGUGACAGAGACAGGAAGUAGCUCUCAGAGCAAAGAGGAAACAGUUAAAUACAUCAAGAAGAAGAUCAGUGAGAAUCCCUCUGCAGAGAAUUCUGUCAAUCUGUUCCACUGUCUGAAUGAACUGGAUGACCGUUCUCUAGUUGAGGAAGUUCAGCAGUACCUCCAGUCUGACAAUGUUAACCAAAGAACACUUUCUUCUUCACAGUGGUCAGCUGUGGUCUUUGUACUGCUGACAUCAGGAGAGAACCUGGAUACAUUUGUCCUACAGAAAUAUAACAGAUCAGAUGAUGUUUUUCUGAAGCUGCUGCCUGUCGUUGCAGAAUGCAGAACAGCUGAUCUUUCAAGUUGUAAUCUGACAAAGGAAAGCUGUGCAGCUCUGGCCUCAGUACUCAGCUCAGAAUCCUCCAGUCUGAGAAAGCUGGAUCUGUAUUGGAAUAAACUAGGAGAUUCAGGAGUGAAACUGCUCUCUGCUGGACUUGAGAAUCCUCUCUGUAAACUGGAGACACUGAGGUUGAGUUAUUGUUAUAUCACAGAUGAAGGAUGUGCUGCUCUGGCUUCAGCUCUGAAAUCAAACCCCUCACACCUGAGAGAGCUUGAUCUGUCUUAUAAUAAUCUAGGAGAUUCAGGAGUGAAGCUGCUCUCUGCUGUACUGGAGAAUCCUCUCUGUAAACUGGAGAUUCUGCAGUUGUGUAUGUGUAAUAUCACAGAUGAAGGCUGUGCUGCUCUUACUUCAGCUUUGAAAUCAAACCCCUCACACCUGAGAGAGCUGAAUCUGUCUAAUGAUAAACUAGGAGAUUCAGGAGUGAAGCUGCUCUCUGCUGUACUGGAGAAUCCUCUCUGUAAACUGGAGACACUGAAGUUGUUAAAUUGUAAUAUCACAGAUGAAGGCUGUGCUGCUCUGACUGCAGCUCUGAAAUCAAACCCCUCAUACCUGAGAGACCUGCAUCUGUUUGGGAAUGACCAGAUAGAUACAGGACGUGACCAGCUGUUUGCUCUUCAGCGUAAUAAACAUAACAGACUACAAGAUCUAAAAGUGUGAUGAUGAUGAUGUGUAUUAUUGAUCACCAAAGAGACGACAUCAUGAAGAGAUGAAGUGAUUUCUGAAUGUGUGUGAGGAGCUCCAGCAGCAGGGGGAGACACAGUGUGUGUAAAUACAGUAUGAGUGUGUGGACAAGAUGGAUGUGUGUGUUUGUGAACAGAAAACUUCAUGAGAAAUAAAACAGUAAACAAACAACACUAAAAAAUGAAUGUCUGAUAUUCAGAGAGGAACAAUCGUCUACUCUGUCACACUCAGGUAACAGAUGGACCAUGUGAUACUUUGU